CACGAGAUGAUCAUGUUCAAUGCGUCUCUUUUUCCAAGUGAUUUUAAUAUUACAGCACUCGUCAUUUUUCCCAAUUGGUCAUCCCCCGAAAAUAGCACUUUUCAUUCUCUAGAAAAUUCUUUGAAAGUUUGAACACAAAAGGACGUACCUUGUCUGAUUGGUACUUCUCACUUCACGUUGAAUUCCAACGCAAAAAUGAAAACCAGCGAAGGACCUGUCAUCAUGGCUUUCCCAUAGUGCUUUGCGACCUGGUACAUUUUUGCUUCUUCCGGUUCUUCGUUUUCUGACGAUGUCAUCGAGACCUCGUGAAGAUUUGGAUAGCCUGUCUCCAGCCAGCAAGAAACUUCGACUUGACCCCGAGUCCCAGGUGCUAGCGGAACAGUCCAAUAAUUCGGUAGCUUCAUCAGAGAGAGGAGCCAUGGCUAAGAAUGGGACUGAUGGCAUCGAUGAGAGCUUGUAUUCCAGACAGCUCUACGUGCUGGGUCAUGAUGCCAUGAAGCGCAUGAAUCGUUCCGAUGUGCUCAUCUCGGGCAUGGGUGGGCUGGGAAUCGAGAUCGCCAAAAACGUCGUCCUUGGGGGUGUGAAAUCUGUCACCAUUCAUGACGAGGGAAAUGUCACAAUAGAGAACUUAGCAUCGCAGUUUUUCUUCACGGAAGCCGAUGUGGGCAAAAAUCGUGCGUUAGUGACAGAACCCAAAUUGGCUGAGCUCAACACGUACGUGCCCGUCAAGGCAGAGACCAAACCUCUCUCAGAGGAACUCAUCGGCAAAUUCACUGUGGUAGUGUUGACCAAUAGCAGCCUGGAGGCCCAGCUCAAGAUUGGAGACUUCUGUCACUCCCGAGGCAUCCACCUGAUCGUGGCCGACACCAGGGGCCUCUUUGGCCAGAUCUUCUGUGACUUUGGCCCGGAUUUCACCGUGAUCGACACAAAUGGGGAGGAGCCACUGAGUGUCAUGGUUGCAGCAAUUACCAAGGAGGAGGAUGCAGUGGUGACAUGCCUAGAUGAGAACCGUCACGGCUUUGAGUCGGGAGAUUACAUCAGCUUUACAGAAAUCCAGGGUAUGGCAGAACUGAACUACACUGACCCUAGGAAGAUCAAGGUCCUGGGCCCCUACACGUUCAGCAUCGGUAACACCGAAGGGUUGUCAGACUACGUCAGGGGCGGCAUCGCCAAACAAGUCAAGAUGCCCGAAAAAGUCCCCUUUAAAUCCCUCCGUCAGUCUCUGGCCGAGCCAGAACACGUCAUUACCGACUUUGCCAAGUUUGACCGGCCGGGCCAGCUGCAUAUAGGAUGGCAGGCCAUUCACAAGUUUGAGAAGGAUUAUGGCACACUACCUCGUCCUAGAAACAAAGAUGAUGCAGCUAAAGUAUUAGCCAUUGCUAAAGAGAUCAACAGCCAGGCCACCGAUGCCACCAAGCAAGAAGAGCUAGACGAGAAACUCAUGUCCCACCUGGCCAGUAACGCUACGGGAGACCUCUGCCCUAUGCAGGCAUUCAUUGGUGGAAUCACCGCCCAGGAGGUCAUGAAGGCCUGCAGUGGUAAAUUCAUGCCCAUUCGUCAGUGGCUGUACUUUGACGCUUUGGAAUGCUUACAAGAGGACGACCCCGAAGGCUUGACAGAAGAAGACUGUAAGAAGACUGGUAGCCGAUACGACGCCCAGGUGGCCGUCUUCGGCUCAGCCUUCCAACAGAAACUGAGUCAGCUCAAGUACUUCAUGGUGGGCGCGGGAGCCAUCGGCUGUGAGCUACUCAAGAACUUUGCCAUGAUGGGGGUGUGCUGCAGCCCCCAGGGCAAACUCACCUUGACCGACAUGGACAUCAUUGAGAAGUCCAACCUGAACAGGCAGUUCCUGUUCCGACCGGCGGACGUGCAGAGCCCCAAGUCCAACACAGCCGGCAAGGCAGCCAAACAGAUGAACCCAGCACUUAACAUAGUUGCCCACCUGAAUCGCGUAGGACCCGAGACGGAGAACGUCUACAACGAUGACUUCUUUGAGGGUCUGGACGGUGUGGCUAAUGCCUUGGACAAUGUAGAUGCACGUAUGUACAUGGAUCGGCGCUGCGUGUACUACCGCAAGUCCCUGCUGGAGUCUGGCACCCUAGGCACCAAGGGCAACGUGCAGGUGGUCCUCCCGUUCCUCACCGAGUCCUACUCCUCCUCCCAGGAUCCUCCCGAGAGGUCCAUCCCCAUCUGUACCCUCAAGAACUUCCCCAACGCCAUCGAGCACACCAUCCAGUGGGCCAGGGAUGAGUUUGAAGGACUGUUCAGGAACCCUGCCGAGAACGUCCAACAGUACAUGAGUGAUCCCAGAUUCAUGGAGAGAACAAUGAAGCUACCAGGGAUGCAACCGUUUGAGACCCUGCAUAGCCUGAAGACCUUCCUUGUGGACGACAGACCUGCAAACUUUGACGACUGCAUCGCCUUUGCCAGGAUCCGAUUUGAGUCCAUGUACACCAACCAAAUCAAACAGCUACUAUUCAAUUUCCCCCAGGACCAGGUUACAUCAUCUGGUGCGCCUUUCUGGUCUGGUCCCAAGAGGUGUCCCCAUCCCCUAGUCUUUGACCCAUCGGAUCCUGCACAUAUGGACUACCUCCUGGCGGCUGCCAAUCUGCAGGCUGAAACCUACGGCCUGCCUCAGAACAGAGACACGGCCUACAUACGCAAGGUGGUGGAGGCUGUCAAGGUUCCCCAAUUUGUACCGAGGUCUGGUGUCAAGAUUGAUGUGACUGACUCAGAGGCCCAAGCCUCGGCCCAACAUUCAGCCGAUGACGCUGAGCUGCAGGCGGUUAUCAAAGCCUUGCCGUCGCCACAAAGCCUCAAAGAGUUGAAGAUUACACCCAUAGAUUUUGAAAAGGAUGACGAUACCAAUCUGCACAUGGAUUUCAUAGUGGGUGCAUCUAACUUCAGAGCUGAGAACUACGACAUUGCACCGGCAGAUAAACACAAGCUAAUAAAAUUUUUGCGUACUUUUUUGAAGACCAAGUUGAUCGCCGGUAAGAUCAUCCCAGCCAUUGCCACCACCACCUCCGUCGUGGCCGGCCUGGUGUGCCUGGAGCUCUACAAGAUGGCCAACGGCAACAAGAAGCUGGAAUCGUACAAGAACGGCUUCAUCAACCUGGCUCUGCCGUUCUUUGGUUUCUCCGAGCCCAUCCAGGCCUCCAAACAGAAGUAUAACGAAAUUGAGUUCUCGCUGUGGGAUCGCAUUGAGGUUCAGGGUCUAAAGGCAGACGGCAGCGAGAUGACGCUCAGUGCGUUCCUGGAUUACUUCCAGAAGGAUCUCAAGCUGGAGAUCACCAUGAUGUCCCAGGGUGUCUGCAUGCUGUAUUCCUUCUUCAUGAACCAGGCUAAACUCAAGGAACGCCUGACCUACACGAUAUCAGAAGUUGUCACCAAGGUAUCCAAAAAGAAGAUCCCCAAACACGUCCGGCACCUGGUCCUGGAACUGUGCUGUAACGCCGCCGACGGUGAGGAUGUGGAGGUGCCGUAUAUACGCUACACGUUCCGCUGAGUCAGGAUACCAGACCGGAGUCUUACACAGCAGCCAUCUUUUGUUUUUGACACGAGUGUCUAUGAUGUUCAUAGUGAGGGUAACGUUACAAAUAGUCUGGUGCCUCUCAUGAACGUCAAAAAACAAAAUCGGUGGCAAUGUGUGACUAUCCAUACGGUUGCAGACUAGUAAAUAAACUGCCAUAGACCCUGGUGAUAAAAUAUUUUCAAAAAAAUUCAUUAAAAAAUACUCGCAAAUUUCCAAGGUGUUUGAGUCACACAUCAACUUGAAGCUUAUUUCAUCAUUGUUCAUUUUAUUUCAGUUUUGUUGGGGGGGCUAACUAAUGUCUAUUGGGAGAAAAUUCCAUCCAAAGAUGAUCACCCCUAAAAGUAGUCCUGAAGCACAUCACCAUUUUGAAAAAUGGUGCCUGGGCUCCAUUGCAAAAUAGUGCAAUUGUAGGGCCCAAAUUCGUCCAACUUUCACAGAAAUACGAGCUCGCAGUCCUGUGCACGGCUCCCACCUUUUUUUUUGUACAAUACUCCAAGUUCAUGGCCAACAAAAUGCUCAAAUACCGGAGAAUUUGAGGGAAUGCAAAUCGUGAUUUGGCCGGCGUAGGCAACAUGGGGCCUAUUUACUGGUCUGCAACCAUAGGUAGCAUUUACAAAGAAAUAUUGAUCGUUUCAUAUUGAAGUAGCUUUGGGCUUGAUAUCAUGGCACUUGUACAGAGUCAGGGGAAAAAAAAUUGUGAGAUAAGCAUAUCAGUGCAAGCAGAGUGAAAAUAAUGCCCCUUGUGAGCAAGUUUACUUAGUAAUACUUGCUUUUCAUGCGAGAUUUCAAAAAUCUCUAAAUAUUGUUUAUUAACUGUAAAACGUUUUACUCAUAAAGUAAUAUCGGUAUUGGUAAGUAUGCAACGUUUGUAAGAAUGCUACGUUUACAUGUACAUUAACCUGGCAGCAAGCAGUUAAAUAUUUUUUUUUAUUGACAUUUUUGUGCAAGCCAUUCGGUCUGUUAUUUACAUUCAGGAAUCGGUGAGCGUGAGAGAGAUGUCACCUUUAGCGCACAGAUUGUAAAACGUUUCAAUGUGAGCGAUGUGAACAAAGCAGCUUUUGAAUUCUCUGCUCAUAUUGUAAUAAGGCCAUUGUAUGUCAAUCGCAGAUCGUAACGCAAGUCGGUCACAGAUCAUAUCACAAGUCAAUCGCAAGUCGAUCGCAGACCACAUCGCAAGUCAGUCACGGACCACAGUGCAAAUCAAUCACAGAUCACAACGCAAGUCAACCACGGACCACAGCGCAAGUCAAUCACAGACGCCAGCGCAAGUCAAUCGCUUAUAACAACGCAAGUCAAUCACAUCACAAGACGGUCACAAAUCACAUCGCAACUUGGUCACAGAUUGCAUAGCAGGUCAAUCACAGAUCGCAACACAAGUCAAUGGCAAAGCACAUUGUAAGUCAAUCACAGAUCACAGUGCAGGUCAAUAGCAGAUCACAACGCAAUUCAAUCACAGAUCACAUCGCAAUUUAAUCGCAGAUCACAACGCAAUUCAAUCGCAUAUCACAUCACAAGCGCUCACAGAUCACAUCAUAACUUGGUCACAGAUUACAUAGCAAGUCAAUCACAGAUCGCAUCGCAAGUCUAUCACAAGUCAGAUUGCAACUCCAGUCUCAAGUGAAGGGACAAUCUUAAUGGCUGUGACAAAUUCAUUCCUCUGUCAUCGUUAGGCC